AUGGUCAAGCCAAUUGUUUUUGCUUGUCUGGUGACUGCUUUCGUCUCCGGGGCCACGGCGCAGACUGCCCCGGAGUGGGGUCAGUGCGGUGGACUCAAUUGGACGGGCCCUAGAGUGUGUCCUGCAGGUUGGGUCUGCACGGCCACUAGCUCUCCAUAUUUCUAUACAUGCCAGAAGGCAACCACCACUGCCGCACCAAGUUCAACCUCCUCGACUUCCAAGAGAGUUACGUCGACUUCCACGAAAUUCACUUCGACCUCUACAAGAACCGCCUCGACUUCCACGAGCGUCACAAGUUCAAGCUCUAUCGCUACUGCCCCAGAGUGGGGCCAGUGCGGUGGAACCGGGUGGGAUGGCCCUACUGUAUGUCCUGCAGGAUGGAUCUGCACGCCCACAACCUCUCCAUCUCUCUGGUAUUGCCUGCAAUGGUCCACGACUGCGACAUCGAUUUCCGGUAGCGUUCCAAGUACAGUCUCUAUCACUACUGCCCCGGAGUGGGGCCAGUGCGGUGGAAUCAAUUGGACGGGCCCUAGAGUGUGUCCUGCAGGUUGGGUCUGCACGGCCACUAGCUCUCCAUAUUUCUUCCAAUGCCUGCAACGGUCUACUACGACGGCACCGAGCCCGGUUUCGACCGCCUAA